CGAAGAAUUUCGCUUGCUUCCAAGACGGCCGGCCGGCAUACAUGCCUUUACUGUCAGUGGUCGUGGAGAACGGCCACGAAGAAAAUGGUGUGCUCGGCCGUGCCAGUCCAAAAUCGUAUCUCAUGCCAAAGAACUUUCGGAUAAAAAGCGGCACAUUGUAAUUUGCCUUUACGGUCGUUAGAAUUCAUUCAUUUUGCUCUCCAUUUUGGAUUUAGACUUCCUGUGGCAGUCUACGGAUACCAUUUUCUCUCGUUUUCGUCCGACUUGCAAUUUUUAGUUCUAUUGGCAACAUGUCGGGCUUGAAGCACAGACUGUACACGCUUCUAUUUUGGACGGUACAAUCUAGCACGUUGAAGACUGUAGUGGAGGCACAAGGUUUUCGGCCGAUUUGUAAAUUACCAACCUUGGUGGUCCCUCUACAGUACAACUCCUUGUCAGAGCGGUACGAGGAAAUCAUAUCUGAAGAAUUUCCUGGGGCUAUUCCGGGUGAAACAAAUAAUGACGGAAGACGUCUAAAGAUUGAUUCCACACAGCAACAGCUUCAGGUUCGCGGUGUUGAUCCACUUGUUGCCACGUUCGAUACAGACAUGUGGGUCACCCGAGGUCAAGGUGUGGAAGCUCUGGCACUACGUGAUUUUCGGAGCAACAGUCAUCGGCUCCUCCAAGAAAACGAUACCUUGAAUAAAGCGAUGCCUCGCCUUUAUGUUCGCGAGUGCCGUUGUCGGGUGAUUCAACCUCAGAAAACUUUCUACUGCCCAUUAGAACUAACGCACUGCGCCUUGCCGCGGUGGAACAGUUCACUGGAAGUCAUUCCAACGUGCUUGUCUAAUCCCACCGAGCGGCGUGUACUCAAAAAUACGGGCAUGGUGAUAUUGGUUUGGUUCAGUAUCAUCACUUUUUGCAUUCUCUUUUCCGGACCUGGUCGAAGUUUAUUCGGUUUCUUUCUCUCGUUCUGCAUUCCCGGAUACAAUCAGCGUGUUGUGUCACGUAUGAUUCGCAAGAAUCCUGAGCGCGCUGAACGCUUUAUUCGCAAUAACAUCCGCGUUCGCCGAACACGACUGGAGCGUCGUCUACGUGAUGCCGCUCCGGAGCUGUUGCUCGAAAUGCAAGCGGCUGCAGCUGGAGUCAAUAACGAACGCUUGGCGACCAUGGUUGCUGCUCUUCAGCAGACGGAAGAUGUUGAGAAAGCAACCCGUCCGACUUCUCUUCAUUUAAAUACACACCUCUACCAAGUGAAAGGAACCCCAGAUCCAAGUACGGACGAAGAAGAAUUUGAGCACAAUUGCAUCAUUUGCUUUUCUCAUUUAACCGAAGGUGACCGCGUUGGUUUGUUGAAAUGCAACCACGUUUUCCACGCAGCCUGUCUCAAGUCCUGGCUCAAGAUGGGCCGUAACGUGUGCCCGCUUUGCCAAACUCCCAAUAUAGCGAUACCGCAGUACAGCAACGGUUCAACAAGAUUGGAUGCUGGUAAUCACAGCGACACACAGAGUGAAACAAUGCCGUCAUCAGCUUCUGGUAUAUCAGGGGAUGCGGACGAAGCAUAAUCAAAUCAUACUGGCACGAUACUUCAAGUGGGUUUCCAUAAAAAGAGCGAAUGCAGAGUGUUGGUCUCUUCUAAUUGUAAAAUUGCUGCGUUUUUGUCAUGGAUUGUUUGAACUUCCUGUUAGCGCUGACCGGCCUAAUUCUAUCUGACUUCCAAGUGAGCCAGGAAGGCUGAUCUUCUCUUCCAUUACAUUAGUAUAGUAGGACUAUAGUAGACAGCGCAAGAAAGGAAGCUCGUUUGUCUGUGUCAGUAUAUAUUUCAUCGAUCAUGACA